AUGCCUCGACCUGUGAAACUGGCAUGCCUACCUUGCCGGGCUUCGAAGACCCGCUGCAACGGCCAGAAGCCGUGCUCCAGUUGCAUCAUCCGCCGCGAAGAAUGCCGAUAUCAGCCCAGUCGACGAGGCGGUGCCCGCCGGGGUCCUGUAGCCGCUGAGGAACUCGCCAGAAAGAGAGCUCUUCGCCAGGAGAAUAAGCUCGUCGAUAACUAUAGACAGGAACCUGACCUGCCGGCUCACUCGCAGCCCUCCACCUUUUCGCCGAUAUCGCCGGUCCAAUCGGGUCUGCCGUCCAGCCUCUCCUUGGAGAAUUGCAGCAUCGGGAUCCCUUCGCCACUCAGUGGAUUUGUCCAGGAGAUUCUUGACCCGGACCUUCCCACACAGAGCCUCCGUGCAUAUCGCUGUGAUCAGGAUCUAAUCAAUGCCUACUACAUCUUCAUCCACCCUUACUUCCCCCUUCUGCCUCCUCCAGCGGCGGCACAGUUCGAGGACAAGUAUGUGGACCUGAAAGUCCACUCACCAUAUGCAAGCGCAUCCAGCCUGCCUUACUGGCCCACAUCUCCACUGGGUCUGUCCCUGGCAGCGAUACUGACUCUGAUUCCCCCGGAGGAGUCUCAUACUACAGGCGAUGCCGUAGCAGUUCGACAGUCAUACGCCGAUCUAUAUGCGCGGUCAGCACUCGAGUCUUUAGAAGACUCCCUUGGAACGUCUUCACAUACCAACCUGGCUGACGGACCACGGAGCACCUUGCACCAUCUAGUGCCCCGGAAAAUGGAGCCGGUUCUAGCAGUCGCACUCCUCAGUAUAUACGAGUACUGCCAGCGGGGGAAUGUCUCAAAGAUGCGCGUCCGGGCGAAUCAAGCCUUGACCAGUGCCAUGGACUUGUCGUUGCAUAUCGAAACCUCGCAGACUGGUUGUUUGGAUGCGCAUCGCAGGUGCUGGUGGGCGACAAUGUUUUUGGUCUACCAUUCGUCUCUCAUGAAUGCGUCGCCCCCCCUCAUUACCUUCGACGAUAUCCGAAUAACAACCAUAUUCCCCGAAUUCCGUGGCUGUCGCGAGCCAUGGCCCCUUCUGGUAAACGCCCAAGCAGCCCUCCUCCGAAGCUGCUGCAUCGGCCGCAACCUCAUCCAAGAAGCAAGCUGCCCCCUCCCCUCCUCCCUCCGAGACGAAAUCCAAGCCCUAGACGCCCUCAUCCUCGACCUCGCCGCCGAAGUAGACCGCUUCCGCUGCGUCACAAACUACCAGGGCGCCGAAGCAGACGCCUCGCGCAAUCUCUGGGCUAUCUCAAACGCCCUCAUCCACACCUCCAGACUAACCCUGCAUCGCGUCCGCGCGUUCCCAGACCAACCUGUCUUCCUGACCAACCCAUCCCACGACUACCUCGCCGUGGAUACCCAGGGAAUGCACCUCUCUCCAUCUCGGAUCCACGAACUCAACUCCCUCUUCCCAUUCACAGAGCAGGAAUCCGUGCGGAUCUGCCUCCAUUCGUCCCUUGUCGUCUCCCGCGUAUUCCACCGCCUGCCCUCCCCGAAUCCGAGCUACUCUGAUAGUACCGUCGACGUUUCCGCCGCCCCUGUAUCUUGGACGGCGGCGCGGCCGUUAUCUUCCCCGCGUUCAGUACCCUAUAUGGCAGCUUGCCAGCUGCAGAGCUUCUAUGCGCUGGCGAUGGUGCUGUGGCGCGUGCGUACGGCGAUGUACUCGGGUGCUAUAAGCAGCUAUCUCUACCUGCUGGACCGGCCGAGUGUGACGACUGAGACGCAGGAUGCGGAGCGGUUGGUUGAAGAGGUGCAGGGUGGGAUGGAGGUACUGGGGAGGUCGAUUAGGGCGGAUGCGGAUGGGGGUUUUGGGGGCGUUGGUGGGAUGCUUAGGGAGGUCGAGAGGGUCUAUGAGAUGACUAUGAUGGAUUGA